UACACUCGUUGGCUGAACUGAAGUGUUACGCAUCAAUCUUACCGAGCGGAUCAUAUCCGUUCGUACUACCGCCUGUUUCAAGGACUCAGGAUGGUAUCCGCACUGCCGAUUGGAUUCUUGCAUCGUCGAAUGGAGAAUGACCAUUCUCAUCUCACUCUACUGAAACACCUCGAUAUGAGUAUAUAUGCCUGGUUCUAGCAUAAGGGCUGGGAUAUCAUAUCCCCGAGCAGCGAAUACAGACCGCUGCCCACCCCCCUCAUUACACUUAGACAUUUGCAAGAUCAGCAUGGUUUUACUUAAUCAAUCAGUGAUACUGACUUCAAACCUCAUGCAGGUUAAGCUGCCCGCUGGUUGUCGCUUGAACUACCUAGGCUUACUACUGCAACCCCAAAGUCCCCCCAUUGGUGUUGGAGAAGGGCAACGAAUCAAUCAUAGGAAAUCUGCAUAUGUAUCAUUACCAUGUCGCACCACUAACGUUGCGUCUUUCAUCUCUUGUGCCAGAGCUUCAUGCCUGGUAAAUCUGCCGUGCCGGCUGUUAGCCGGUGAGAAUAUCAAUUCAAAUUGCUCCCGAACCGACCAUUUGUUGCCUAAACAUACCGAUACUUGUCGCAUGGUUCUUUUUGGUUUAUCCACAUUGAUACAACGUCGGGCACGGCACGGAAAGCAAAGAUCCCCAACUAUUAAGGCUGGCCCUCUGGAUAAGAGUCUGUGGCUCUUCUCGAGGCAUCAAUGCUACUCUGUUGGUGAUCUCGACGUCCAGCUCGAGGCACGCUAUAGGAGGUUAUUUCAGCUCUGGGCAAGGCUUUAGUCAGCCCUACACAUGUCUCAGACUUACCUUGCAUUGCAGCAGCGCAAGCAAAAACUUUCAUGAUACCUACUGUUGGAGACGUUUAGAUGAUUACCGACAGGCUGAAUUUAGAAAUUGCGUCUCACAGAAGAAGAAAAAAUUUCAACCUGACCAGCCUCUGAAAUGAAGUGGUGUUGACGCACGUAUUGUGUUGCCCUGUAAUACAGCUG